AGCGGGACAUGGCGGCGGCAGCUGCUGCCGUCACCGCCGCUGCCACCGGGAGGAAACCGCUCUGCAACCGGGAACUGAGCCGAAGGAACCGGGAGAACUCCCGCCGGAGACAGGCGGCCCUUCUGUUCCUCAGUAACAUCUCUCUGGACGGACGUCCGGUCCUCAGUCUGCCGGUGGAGAAUGGAGCCAGCCGCCACAGAGAGACGGACCUGGAGGGAGCGGACUGUGCGGCGGCCGGGCUGUGUCCGGAGGCGGGUACCGGGACCAGCUACGGGCCGUUCCCCGGUUUCCUAUCGUCCGUGAGCUGCGGCAGCGUCGACCCGACUCCGAGGUCAGGACUCCCCGUCCCCCCUAUCCUCGUCCUGCCGUCCGACCCCGGGUUGAACGACGUGGGGAGCGCGGAGCUGCUGCUGGAGUGCCGCCGGGGCUCCUUCCCUUCCCCGGGGAACAGCAACCUGCUCUCCCCGUCCCCGUCCAACGUCAGCCUGCUCCCGUCCCCGCUGGGACCGCGGAAGUCUUCCACCCUGCUGUCGGUCCAGAGCUGCAACUCUGUGUCCUCAGAGCCGAGACAGAGGACUCGUAAUUUGUCUGGUGGUUCUCCCAGACCUCGACACGCCAAGAAGAUUCACUUCAUCAAAAACAUGAAACAGUACGACACGAGAGGCAGCAGGAUCGUGCUGAUCUGUGCUAAGAAGUCUCUGUGCGCUGCCUUCUCUGUUCUUCCCUACGGAGAGAGCUUCUACCUCAGUGACCCGACAUUAAACCACCCGAGGAGGAGACACUCAUCUGGAAACAUCUCCAACACCCUGGAGAUGCUCCCGGGACUCGAGGGCUUCCAGCUGGAGACGUACGGCCGGUCGGUGUCGUACGCCCAGUUCCUGCACUCCACUAAUGCUCUGGUGAGGCAGAAGCCGUCGUCAGUCAGUGACCUGACACUGCAGAUCCCCGUGUCCAGGAGCACGCACAGCAUGACGGGCCGAGCUCAUCCUCCGAGCAGGCUGAACAGCGCCGUGGGACUGGACUUGGGUCUCGACGAUGUGACCGACUACGACCCUAACCUCCUCAGCGACCACCAGUGGCCUUGUGGGAAACACAAGCGGGUGCUGAUCUUUGCUUCCUACAUGACCACAGUUAUCGAAUAUGUCAAACCGUCGGACCUGAAGAAAGACAUGAACGAGACCUUCAAGGAGAAGUUUCCUCACAUUAAACUCACGCUCAGUAAAAUACGCAGUCUGAAGAGGGAGAUGAGAGUCAUGGGGGAGGACUGCGGCCUGCAGCCCGUCACCGUCGCCAUGGCGUUUGUCUACUUUGAGAAGCUGGUGCUGCAGGGUCGACUCAAUAAACAGAACAGGAAGCUGGUGUCGGCUGCCUGCAUCCUAUUGGCUGCUAAGAUCAGCAGUGACCUGAAGAAACAGGAAGUCAAACACCUCAUCGAUAAGCUGGAGGAGCGUUUCAGGAUCAGCAGGAGGGAGCUGAUCUUCUUUGAGUUCACCAUCCUGGUCGCCCUGGAGAUGGCGCUGUACCUCCCUGAGAGCAAAGUGCUGCCACAUUACAGACGCCUGGUGCAGCAGCAGCAGUUGUAGCAGUGCCAGGCUCAUGAGCACUGCGGCACACCACUCCCUCCAUUUUCAUCUCCAGUGUUAGAGUAGGAUCGUAACGAUGCCUGGCUCAAAGGCUCUGAGGAAGCCCUCUCCUCCCUGCUCUUGAUGCAGACACUGGUGGGACAGCUGGUCUGGUGAUGCCUGGCUCAACGGACCAGAGAGCUGCAUCGUUCUCUCCCUCCUUCAAACACCAAAGUGACGACACACUGUGAGCGCCACCUGCUUGUUUCUUUGACGUUUCUGUUUCUGAACAAACUCCGGCUGCACAGAUUUGAGUCCUGGAAGCUCAACACGACCGUUUUAAAAUCUGACUUCAAACCAAACUAAUACUGAAACUAUUUUAGUUCCAAACUGAAAGAUGAGAUCGUUGAAGUCAUGAAUGUUGACUUGAGAUUGUCCUCGAAUACUUUUAUUCAAGGAACAGGAAGUGAGUUCACAGUGAACGAUCAGAACGACAAACACAACAGCUCUGAUCAAAUGAGAUUUAAUGUGACUCACAUGUUGCAAUAACGUUUAAUGAAAUGUCUCAUCACUGCAGCGGAGGAAAAAACUCCAGGUCAAAGUGUGUUCUAGUAAAAGUUUGUUCUCCGAAGAAAACUGAGAAAAGGAGACAAACGUAAACUUUACAUCAAACUCAAUCUUCGGCUCUGUGCUUGCACUCGUUCCAAACCUUGCACAGUUUGAAUUGUUGUCUUGGGCAUUAUCAGACGUUUAAAGACGAAGUAUUCACUGAGUGAAGAAAAAUCAGAUCAAUCAAAAUAAAAACACUUGAUUUUUUUUAUUCUGUGCUGCUUAUUUUGAAACAUGGUUGUAAAACAGUUCAAAAAACGAAUGAUAGAAUAUUACGGAGUAUCGGUGAAUCAAAACGUAACAGUUCAGGUAGAAAUAGAAGAAAGUCGUCAUUUGUCUUUCACUCCAAUAUUUGUUCUGUUUCCACGAUGAACAUUUAACUGAUUAGAAACAUGAGGAACAUUUUACCUGGAUCAUUAUAAAAAUUAUGCAUUUUCCUGCUGGAGGAAACAGUCUGUUGUUUUUACACUUUGCCUUCUUGCUUCACAAUCCUUUAUUUUAUCACUAAGUAACGAGUAAUAAUAUUUUUUGAUAUUUGAAGUAUCUUAUUGUAUUCUUGUAUAUUGACCGAGUCACUGAAAUAUAUUUAUUACUUUUAAUCCUUGAGGUGAAGAACCGUGUUUUGUCAAACAGCUGUGAUGCAUCGUUUCUCAUCAAUGUUCUUCCUCAGAGGUUUUUAUUCUCUGCUGUGAUAAAGGGACGGUGUCACUCUGGAGUGUGAACUCUGCUUAGUGACCCAGGUUUCCGUUGUUUUGUUUCCAGAAGCUUGAAGCUCAGGUCUCAUUCAGGUUUCGUUAUUUUUAAAUACUUAAAAAAUUAUUCUCCCGACUGGAACGAUCAUCUGCCGUCAUGUCAUGUGUUUCAAGAUCGUGUGACAAGAGGAAAGAGAUGUUCAGAUGUGUCCAGCUUUUAGAAAAUAACUGUUUAAUUCAAAUGUACACCAAAUCACACACACCCAUAAAUAUCAGUCUGAUUGUUUUCAUCGUGAAUUAUUCUGAGAAAUCAAAGAAAAUUAAAAACAGUUAAUGUUAAAGAAAGCAAUAAGAAGUCUGCUCCUUUUUCUGGAAAUCUGCUUUGUGGUUUUUUUGUGAUCCUGCUGCCAAAAAACCAAAGAGGAGCAGGAAGAUGAAAUGUUUGCUUACGGUAAAAAUUCCCCGAAAUAAAUGUGAAGUGAAAAAAGAAAGUUACUUCUUUUAAAAAUUAGAAUUUUCUGGAGUCAUUAACUUUAAUGCAGCUGCUGUUUUCCUGUAAUUCCAGAAUUAUGAAUUCAAGAAGCUUUUUCUUUUAUUAUCUGUAAAACUUCAGAAUUUACAUGACGCAGAUGUUUUGUAUCAAUCUGGAUUAAAUCACUUUAACAAUGUGUCAAUAAUUUAAACCUGAAAAAACCUAAUGCGGGCUUGAGCUUCACUUUUGGUUCCAUGCAGAGUUUGUUCAGUUUGUUCCUCCAAAGUUUAACUGGAGGGCUCGUUUGUGUACAAUCCACCAGAGGAAAAGGGAUUCUGGGUGUUUUGAUCAAAAGUAGAAACAGCACAUGAUCUUCCAAAGUCUCUUCUCUACAUUAGAGAUUAGUGAUACUGAUUCUAUGCAGCUUUGAUUCUGAUCAGCUGAUCAUCGUCCUGUGGUUUUACCUCUAAUGUGCCACAGAUUCUCCUUUAUUUAAAUAUCACGUUGUUUCUUUUGUACCAACUCAUUAUUUUUGACUUUUCGAGCACUGUGAGGCUGUAAAG